AUGGCAAGGACCGAAGCUCGGGGAUCCGCCGAGCAACCGCUCCAAGGUGUCAUGUUAUGUUUUACUUCGGUUGGACCAGAGGACAGGAGCCGAUAUGCCGACAUGGCAAUGCAGAUGGGAGCUGAACACAAGCUCGACUUGACUUCCGAUACGACCCAUCUCAUUGUGGGGAGCACAGACACCCUGAAAUAUCAGUAUGUUGCUCGAGAAAGAGAAGAUAUCAAAGUGCUCCGCCCGGAAUGGAUCGGGGCUGUUCGAGAUCACUGGAUAAACGACUUGCCUCUGGACCUCGACAGUCUCACACAACAAUAUCGGAUGCCCACUCUUGCCGGUUUAAAAAUCUGUAUCACAGGCUUCGAUGACCUUGCAUUUCGUGCCCAACUGCAGAAGAAUGUCAAAGAAAAUGGCGGGGAAUACACAGGAGAUCUGACUAAGGAUGUAACCCAUCUGAUCGCUGCGAAGCCCGAAGGCAAAAAGUAUGAAUAUGGUAUACAAUGGCAGAAAAAAGUCGUCAGCCUCAAAUGGUACAAGGAUACAUUGGAAAGGGGCAUGCAAUUGGACGAGCGACUCUAUCAUCCUACUAUUCCGGUUGCUGAACAAGGUCUUGGGGCAUGGAAUCGAAAAGCGAGGCGUUCUCCUCAACUUGGCAAACGCACGAGGGAAGACAAUGUCGGACCAGAACCUUCUCGGAAGCUCCGGAGGACAGCCAGCGCCAAAUUUGGAAGUCAGACGCAAGAUAUGUGGUCGGAUAUUGUGGGCGGUGCUGGGUUUGAGGCCAAAAAACUUGAGCGUCCAGAGCUGAAGCCUUCGGUUUCUAUGCCUGCCCUUCGAGAAGUUGCCAGGACGUCAGCUGCUACCAGCAACCCUGAAGCCGAAUCCAUCAGUAGAGUCUCUGAUCACGGCGCCAAUCGGUUCCUGAUAGGUCGCCUGUUCAGGGUACAAUUGUUCGAAGAGAAGAAGAGAAAACACCUUGAAAAAGUGUUAGUUGAGUACGGAGCGACAAUCAUCAGCGAAGGAGAAGAGACCGAUGAGACCAAACGUGACAGUAUAAUUGCCAUACAGCCUCAUGAUGUAGGCAAGAAAGAUUCAACACCACCCAAAAUCAUUGCAGGUGGUUCCCAAGUGGUGUCCGAAUUCUGGCUUGAAAAAUGCAUGCUCGCAAAGUCUUUCGUCGACCCAUGCAAAUACCCACUCGGACAGAUACUCCGGGGAUCCCUUUCGUGUUUGAGAGAUCUGACCAUCAACGCAACUGGCUUCGAUGGUCUAGAAGCUGUGCAUGUAUCCAAGAUCAUCACGUUGCUUGGGGGUAGUUACUCGCAGAUGUUCACUGCGGCCGUCUCUAUGCUGAUCUGCAAGGCCGGCAGUGCCAAAAAGGACAAACUUGAUUUUGCACAGCACGUGGGCAUUCCCGCUGUGACUGAGGAGUGGCUGUGGUCAACAAUCAAGAACCAAGCCAAAGCUAAUGUCGAAAGCUAUCUGUUCAGACAGACUCGACCGCAUACAGCGAACAGUGAGAGGCCAGCGAAGAGAAGCGCUCUGGAAGACUAUGUUGAAGUCAGCACGAUUCCUCUUCCACGAAAUGCGGGUGACUAUAGAGCAAACCCGGAAUCCAGGCCCAAUGGGACUCGAACGCAUGACGGAUCCGCGCCCGACAAAUCAAAGAAAUCAGAUUCUUGUCUCAAUGUUCAGCGGGGGGCGGAGGAGAUGCAGGGCCAAGUUGAAGAAGGUCCAUCUGCUUCUGGUGGUGCUGGUGGUGCUCCGGGACGAAAUGAGACAAAAGAAAAAUCAGACGACAAUGGGAACUAUACGCCCCGGAUACUAUCCCCAAACGGCGGAAAUGCACGUUUGGCGAAUAACCAACAAUCAAUCCAGCCGUUGGACGCUCUCUCGAGGAGAGAAGACUCGACAUCAAAGGAGAACGCUCCAGCGCCCGUCAAAAGUGGUGGGCGGGCUGAAGUUCAAAGCAAACCCACAGAUAUCGAAGCAAUCAAUGGCGCUAUCAGAGACAUCCUGAACGAGCACUCCCGAAAGAAAUCUGUCGGCAGCAAUCAAAACGAUCCCCUGAAGAAGAAUCGAUUAUUCGGGCGAGCGUUGAGCAACCUGUCCAAUUCAUCAACAGCCUCGAAUGUGAGGUGGUCAAGAGCCAGUUCUAUUGACAGUAUCAACACGGACGGGAUUGGCAGCGAGAUUGUUACUAUCCAGUCAGCCGAGACCCAGAACGGUGAAAGCACAUCUACAGCUGAGAAAGGCACCUUUAACUUCAUUGGACGGGCAAAGCGGACUCUAGCUGCACUCAAAUCAGCUCCAUUGGAGAUGGACGAUUCCGACAUGCCCAGAAAUGCCGGUUUCCCAACAGAGCAGGAUGCAGCACCACCCAUGACCCAGCUGGGUUAUGAAGACUCCGAAGAAGCGAUCCUGUUGCGGGAGAAACUGGCUGCAUCGAGGAAAAAGAGAUCCGGAGUGGAUGGAGCAAACGAAGAAGACAUACAAGUUCCACAAGCGAGGCGAUUGAAGACUGUGGAACGUAAGAUUCGAGAUGAUGAUAUGCUUGCGAGUGUCAACGCGGGAUGGGGUGCAGGAAGACGGACCAGGCACAAGCAACGAAGUCCACCAGGUCAAGGGAUUAAAGAAUUUUGA